GGAAGCAAGAGUGAGAGAGGAUAAACAAAAACCUUAUCUAGAGCUCCCAAUUCAAAGCAGAGUAACGGAAGAAGCAGCGCAAAGCAAAAUUGAAAGAAAAUGUUGGCAAUCCACUCUCUCUCCUCAACCCCUUGCUCUUCUGGCCUUACAUCCCCACCAAAAUCCACACUUCUUACAAAAUCCUCAUUUCAUGGCCUUCGUCUUCCCUCCGUCAACCUAUCUUCUUCCCUUCGCCUCCGAGUACAGACGCCGCCGUCUUCGGUGGUUGUGAUGGUGAAGAAAGAAGACGAGUUGAAGGAAUUAAGGACCAAAACUAAUGAACAACUCAAUGAAGAGAUUCUGCAGCUUAAAGGUGAGCUCUUUAUGCUCCGUCUUCAACGGUCUGCCCGUGAGAAUUUCAAGCCCAGCGAUUUUGGUCGUAUGCGCAAAAGGGUUGCACGCAUGCUUACCGUGAAAAGGGAGAGGGAGAUAGAACAAGGAGUUGGCAAGAGGUUAUCGAGGAAACUUGACAAGGCGUGGAAAAGAAGCAUUGUUGUAAGGCCACCUCCUUCGCUGAAGAAGUUACAAGAAAAGGCCACUGCAGAGGCUGAGGCUGAGAAAGCGUAAUGAGCUUAAUAUCUGUUAGUAAACAUGUAUCCAUACAGAGCAGUAUUUGUAGUUAUUCAUGGUAGGAUCUCAAUCAACUUUUUUGUAUCAGACAAUUCAUUUGUAAAUUUCGGUUCUUCCCUUGUUUGAUCUUUCCCCUUA